AGCCAACCGAAGAACGGAUAAAAACAAAACCAAAUAAAGAAGAGAAGAGGGGACAAAAGCAAGAAAACGACUUAGAGACGUUCCCCCAAAGGCACGACCACCUCGACGACCCCGCGACGACCACCCACCCCCUCCCCUCCUCCUCCCGGGAAAGCAUGAGGACCCUAACUACCCUCGUGGUCGUCGUCCUUCUCGCGACGGCAUCCGGGACAGGAGAACGACCUAGCCUGUACAAACGGGGCCAGCUGGUCCACGUCUGUACGCCUAGGGAUGUGAAGAUGAUGGCCCGCUUCGUCUGCAGUCUCCAUCGGCGUUCGGUAUUGACUCUAAGAUUCGCGAGCCAAUUUUACAACCGACCUCCUUCCAGAGUCAUUAAUUGUGGAGAAAAUGGUGAAGACUGCCCCCCCCUGUACGACCCCGCCUACGACAGCGCCGCCUACCUCCUCCCUCCCUCAGGAGACGUAAGGACGAACCUCAUCAAGCGAGAUAAGGAAGUCGUCAGGGCGGUUGGGCUGACGAUCGCUGACGUUCGAAGGAAGUGCUGCCUGAACGGGUGUCUGCCCGAGGACUUCUACGGGGCCUGUCGCUAAACAACUGCUGACGAUGAUGACGAUACAACCGCGCGGCCAAUUUUUGGUGAUUUUGUGUU